AUGAUAAAAAGAACAGGUUACCCCGCCGAAGCUCACGUUAUAACGACAGAGGAUGGCUAUCUUUUGACAUUACAUCGUAUCCCAGGUGGCAAAAAUUCUCUACCUGUAUUAUUGCAACACGGUCUUGUUAGUAGUUCCGCCGCAUGGAUCGUUCUUGGCAAAGGCAAAGCACUUGCUUACCUACUAGCAGAUCAAGGAUACGAUGUCUGGCUGGGAAAUUUCCGUGGUAAUGUCUAUUCAAGAGCGCAUAUUUCCUUAUCUCCGUCAAACUCAACAUUUUGGGAUUUCAGCUAUCACGAAAUGGGCAUCUACGAUUUACCUGCAAUGAUUACAUUUAUUACAAAUAUGACGUCACAACCAUUACACGCGUACAUUGGUCAUUCGAUGGGUACAACCAGUUUUUAUAUAAUGGCAUCAAAGCGUCCGGAAAUCGCUCGAAUGGUACAAAAGAUGAUCAGCCUCGCACCAUUAGCCUUUAAAAACCAUAUGAAAAGUGUGAUACGAUAUUUUCUGCCCUUUUUCAGUGAGCUUCAGAAAAUGAUGGAAGUUCUGUUUCGCGGCGAAUUUCUGCGGAGAGAUUGGACCAAAUUUUUUGCGAAUUUCUGCAACCAGAGUUUAACGACGCAGGAGUUUUGCGUCGAAAUGAUGUUCCUAAUAUACGGUUACAACUCUGAACAAUUCAAUUACACUCUGUUACCUCUCAUCAUGAAGCACGACCCAGCCGGCUCCUCGGUUAAGACACUUCUUCACUACAUUCAAACAUUUCAAUCGAGAAAAUUUCGCGAAUAUGACUACGGUCGCGAGAAAAAUCUGAUGAUGUACAACUCGGUGGAACCUCCGGAUUACGAUCUAUCGGAAAUCAUGGUACCAAUCGCUUUGUUGUACGCCAACAAUGACUUGGUGGCCGACCCUGUUGAUGUGAAGAGAUUGUCCCGUUUACUACCAAACGUAAUAGACCUAUAUGAAAUACCGUUGCCUAAUUUUAAUCACGUGGACUUUGUAUGGGCCAAGGAUGCGCCAAAACUCGUGUACGAAAGAGUUUUCACGAUCAUCACAGAGGAGAAUUCAAAUAUUACGUUUACGGAAUAAAGUUACAUUUAUGGAAUAACGUCGAUAUAAUAAAAAUAAUAAAUAAUGAAAUAAUUAUUAUACGUUAAACAUUUAAAAGGGCAAGAGAUUGAUGACAACUCCAAUCGUUAAUUUUAAAGAAAUAUAAAUAUUAUAAUAUUAUAAUAUUGUAUUAUUACUUAUAAUUAGUACUAACACAAAUUAGAAUAAUACAUGCAUUUUUAAGCUAUUGUUCCGUCUAAUAAUGUAUUCGUCGCGAUGGAUCGAAAGUUUGGCUGAAAUAUGACAAAUACACAGAAAUGCAUUCAGUAAAUUACUCUUGAAUAUAUGAAGAGUAUUUAAUUUUAAAAACAUUAUUUCUCAAUAUAAAUCUUACACUUUACAAAUUUGUAAUGUUUCUAUAAAGCUAUAAAUGUAUAUAUUUUCUAUAUUACUAUUAAUAAAACUGUCACUAUACAGUGUAA